AUGAAUAGGGAGCAUCAUUCGGUCCUUGCUGGCCCUAGACCAGCUGCGCAGUCUCCAUCCCGAUCUAGCAAGGAGAACAUAAGCCCCAGCCAUAAACCAACGGCACAAGCUGCCCACGACGGUCUAAUGUUGCAUGCAUCUUCAGCCAACAAUCAUUCGUUGUUUUCCUUUGGACGAAAUGCGGCUCAAAACGACGUAGAAGAUAAUACGACAACUUCUUUCGACUUUCUUCCCUCUGUCAGCUUCGAUGACCUCCAGAGUAGCCUCGAAUCUGCUUCGACUGAUUUCAAAUUGGCCCAAUUCCCGUCACCCUCUGGUCAAGGCAGUAUCAUUCCGGACGCGUCAUUCAUAGAUAGCAAGAUGGCUACUCAGCAUUAUCAUGUUCCCCAAACGGGAGGGGCUGGGCGGUCUACAGGACAGCCCAAUAUGCCAGGGAACCCAACCUCAUCGAGAGCGUCUAGAUCUGGGUCGAUUCUAAGGAGACCUAGUACGUCAGGGCGACAGGUCAGCAACGGCUCCAUUGCGUCCAAUUCCUCUAUCAUCAUGGAUGCACCUACUGCUCCAGCAGCCAUGCGAGCUCGCCGUCAGAGUCAUUAUCCCCCAGUCUCGAGUAGCAACAUUGUGAAGCCACCUAGAAAGUCGAUUGGACCGGGUAUCAUCGACUCCGACUAUGGUGGCAAAGGUGGAGUGAAGCGCCGACCUAGUCUCCUGUCAACUGGUGCAGACAGGCAUGCGAGUGAGGGGCCUCAGUCAUCGGCUGAAUCGCUCGGUGGGGAAUCUGGUGAUAACAUAGGGCGACUGAACGUAUCGCGAGCUACCAAGGCUCGCUCAAUACAGCCGACGCCAAGGUUAUCUACGACGUUUUCCGCAAGCACCAGUAGCAAUGGUAGUCUAAAUCCAGAGACAAGCCGCAUUUCUUCGUCCUUCUCGCGAUCCCCUAGGGCGAAGGGGAUACCCGCCUCGUCGCGGAGAGUAUCCGUCAUGCCAGUUGCUCAUAGCUCCCAUGUGAGCGGACUUGGUGCAAGGACUAUCUCUCCCACCGAUGCCCAGCGGAUGAAGCGGAUGUCAGCAUAUCCCCAGAGCUUGGCCUCGAUUGCAACCGCGCCACCUCCAUCUUUGGAUCUACGCCCUCAUUCACGGUCGCCAUCAAUGAUUCCUCGAAAAGCUUCUACCCCUUCGUCUUCGAGGACCACCCCAGAAGUUACUAACAGGAAGUCAUACAGCUCAGGUCUCUCAGUUGGCUCAACUACCAGCCAUAAUACGCAUAGAACAUCGACCAGUUCUAUUCAGCGUCUUUCACAAGGCGGUCCAAGCAGUCGACUGCCAGCUCCAAAAAAUAUAGGCCUUCAUAAUCCUGCCCCUGUUGACGAUGAGGAAGAUGUUCCACCUGUACCGGCUAUUCCCAAAGCAUAUGAAUCUCCUAAGGACUCUCCAGCAGAAAUUUCUUGGCUAGAGAAAAGAAAAUCCAACUAUGCCACAGAGACUAGCAGCAUUCAUAGUACUUCCACCGGCACGCUUUCAAACGCCCCAUUACUUGACCCUCCAGUCAAAAUUCAGCCAAACGCGAACGCGCGAACGCUAGCUCCACGAAAAUCUCUAGCGAGCACUUCAUCAGAUGUUGAGAAAAAAGAAGCUACAAAUGUUUCGAAGAAGAAUUUGCAGCCUCUUAGCUUACCACCUAUCAAUCUGGGUCCCCUGAGCACGCCUACAGCCGCGAAGAUUGCAGCUCUACAAGGGCAGGGCUCCGAGAAAGGAAAGUUAACUCCGCCACCAACGCGAACACUCGCGAAAACGCCUACGACUCCCAUGACCGCUUCUAGGAGCACCUUUUUCUCUAGAGGGCGUUUAGAGAAGGCCUCAGAUAUGCCGGUCCCACGCAGCAGUAGUUCGAUUCAGCAUAGCCGUGUGGAAAGUCCCAGUAUAGACGACGUUACCAGCUCUUCAGAGUCUUUAAUGGAUCCCUCUAUGAAAACCCCAUCGCGCAAACCUGCAGUCUCCCCGUUCCUAUCUUCCUCUGCGCCGAAGGGAGGCGAUACCUUUGAGAGCUUACUGACCAAGUCCAAGACCUUGGGAGACACGAACCACACAAUUGCAGUGGAGCGGGUUGUAGGAUUUAAACCCGAGCAAAAGCCAAUAGGGCCAAGGGCUCCGAAACUUGCAAAGCCAAAGUCACCACCCCCGCAGGCCAGUCCAGAGGAGCCUCCCACUCCAUCUUCCAUGAGUUCACUGAGAAGGAAGUUGAGCUUAUCCUGGAAGCGAAGCAAUUCAAAAAGUAGUAACCACGUUUCUGCCAGCUCGGUGGACAAGUCAGCAGAGAGACAAGCACGACAAGAUAGCAUGCCACCGCCCCGAAUCCCAGUUUCUGCGUCAAUGCAUUUACAUGCUACCAAUGCCCCAAGUCCCAGUCAUACGGCGAAGCCCAUUGGGGGGUAUUUGGAGUCAAAGCGGAGGAAGAGUUCAGCGUCAAGCUUGAACAAUACGUUGCUGCAAGAUAAAACGCGGUCCGAUAGUUGGAAUAUUUCAAAGAAAGAUGUCGGUAAUCAUUCGUUGAUCGAAACAUCAACCCAACCUCGGUCCUCAUCAAUGCAGAAAUCCAUCCGCCCAAGGCCGUCCGUUGCUUCUAUUAAGCACAAUGAGCCCUACACUGCCGAGUUAGAUCGAGAUGAUCACCUUGCUGAAGAAGAGAUGAAGAAAUUGGGUUCAAGGAAAAAGGAGACAGAAAUUGCAGCUCGGACUCUAGAUGCCCUUCGCAAGAGGGCAACGCCAAAGGAACGCGUUAGCCCUCAGGACGCUAUCCGAAUAGCCAUUCUCAACAUCUACGAGAGAGGCGAGAUCAUCGACUAUAGCGACAUUUAUUUCUGUGGUACCCAAAAUGCCAGUAAGAUAGUGGGUGACCUCCACACUAGUAAGCCAAAUUUCGGCUACGAUGACGAGCGUGGAGAUUACUCUAUUAUCAUGGGUGACCAUCUCGCAUAUAGAUAUGAAAUUGUCGAUGUCCUUGGGAAAGGAAGCUUCGGGCAGGUUGUCAGGUGCAUUGACCACAAGACCGGUGGCCUAGUUGCAGUCAAAAUCAUUCGGAACAAGAAGCGAUUUCAUCAGCAGGCGCUCGUUGAAGUCAAUAUCCUGAAGAAGCUCCGCGAGUGGGAUCCUAAAAACAAACACAGCAUGGUCAAUUUUACGCACAGUUUCUAUUUUCGAGGUCAUCUCUGCAUAUCAACGGAACUCCUUGAUAUGAAUCUCUACGAGUUCAUCAAGUCUAACUCGUUCCGAGGGUUUUCUUUAAAACUAAUUCGACGAUUCACAAAGCAAAUGUUGAGUUCACUUUUGAUUCUCAAGCAACACAAAGUUAUACACUGCGAUCUGAAACCAGAGAACAUCCUCCUUCGACAUCCUCUACAUUCUGAAAUCAAGGUGAUUGAUUUUGGUUCCAGCUGUUUCGAAAAUGAAAAGGUUUAUACGUAUAUUCAGUCACGAUUCUAUCGAUCCCCUGAGGUCAUACUGGGAAUGACCUACGGGCUCCCAAUUGAUAUGUGGAGUCUUGGUUGCAUUUUAGCAGAGCUUUACACAGGUGUUCCCAUUUUCCCUGGUGAGAACGAACAGGAACAGCUUGCUUGUAUUAUGGAAGUUUUUGGGCCACCCGAGAAGCAUCUUAUUGAAAAGAGCACCAGAAAGAAGAUCUUCUUCGACUCGAUGGGUAAACCUCGAUUGACUGUAUCCACCAAGGGGAGACGGCGGCGCCCAUCAUCCAAGACACUGCAGCAAGCUAUUAAGUGUGACGAUGAGCCCUUCCUCGAUUUUCUUGCUCGUUGCUUGAGAUGGGAUCCAGACCGUCGUCUGAAACCUGAAGAAGCAAUCCGGCAUGAAUUCAUAACGGGGCACAAGACCCCAGCACCCAUCUCUCGAACUCGAGACUCAUCCCCAAUGAAACGCCAUAAUACUAUUUCCACACCGAGGCCGCUGCCAGAUCCACCAACGGCCACCAAAAGUAAUGGUAUUUUUCGCGCGAGAGAAGUGAGCAACGCGAGCCCGCAAAAGGCUACUUCUGGUCCUAGGCGUAUCUCUAGCAUCAACACUACAGCGACGACCAGCGGUGCAGGCGUGAAGCGAACAAGCACUGGUAAUGGUCCUGUUGCCUCCAGUGCUGUAGGUAACAGCAGCUUACCUCGGGUAGCUGGCCGGACAGCUAGCGGCAAGCAAGAUUUAGCAUCUGCAGGUGCUAAUGUUGCUAUGAGUCGACGCGCUUGA